UGCCGUAAAACCGACACGGCGGUCAAUGCUCUGAUUAGUUUACGCCAUUCGUAUUUAAGAAAAACAUUAAUUUGAGGAAAACCGACUAAUCUGCCGCCUCGUUCAGCAUGGCGGUCUUAAACUUCACUUUAAGUGAAGAGGGUGUCAGCGCCUUAAGAGAUGCACUGGCAUGUCUUGGCAAAUUCAGCGACGAGGUCUCGCUUGAGGCUAAGAAGGAUAGAUUAGUGUUCACCACUCUGAACCUGUCCAAGUCCGCAUAUGCGUCUUUCGCCUUCGCAGCCAGUCGCUUUUUUUCCAAAUAUCAUUUUGAGGGAGUACCUCAAAACCGCGAGAAAUUCUUCUGUAAGCUUUAUAGUCGGGCUUUGUUAUCCCUUUUCAGAGUCAGGAGUGGGGACCCUCAACAUGACAGGGAAAAAGAUACUACUAUUGAACAUUGUGAUGUCGCUAUAGUAGACGAGCCCGGCAAGAAAAGUCGUUUUAUCGCCAAAAUCGUAUUUCGGAAUGGGAUCACAACCAAAUAUCGGCUACCCUUUGAGGUCACUCCACCCGUCCACGCCAAAUUUGAUAGUGAACAAGCCAAGAACCAUUGGUCUAUUCCGUCUCGAACUCUACGCCAACUUAUGGAUCAUUUUGGUCCCGGCAUAGAAUAUCUCGAUAUCCACUCCGAGGAUGACGAAACCGUCAAUUUUACCUGCUUCACCGAAAAAGUCAAGAACGGGGAAGAAGUCCUGAAAAAGCCUCUUCACACAUCGAUUACCGUCGAGCGAGAUGAAUUUGAGGAUUUCGUCGUUGAAGAGGAUAAAUUGCAUAUCGUCAUCAGCGUCAAAGACUUCAGAGCAAUUAUCCAACAUGCAGGUUUCCUUGGAAGUCAAAUCUCGGCGCAUUAUUCCAUACCGUCGAAACCAAUGCAGCUCAAGUAUGACGGUGACGGGAUAAAAUGUGAAUUCCUCUUGAUGACAGUCGGCGAUAGAGGAGCACCCGGUCAGAAGGCCAAGAAAGCCCGUGGUAGUGCUAAAGGACCGAAACCGCCGCAAUUAGAAGCUGCUACUAGUAGAGCUGCGUCACACGCGCCAACACCGGCCCCUCAGCUACCACCUCCAAAGUCACAAGCGCUGCGUCCUGAUCCUGUUCCUUCUCUUCGACCAUCCAUAAGUAUAAAUCGCCCGUCUCAGCGACCGCCGCCGGCCACAUUCGAAUCCGAGUCGCUCUUUGUGCCCCAAGACGACGAGCAACAAUGGGAGCCGGUGAAUGUUGGUGAGGAUGAAGACGGGGAAGAGAAUGCUCGUCUUGAAUGGGACGUAAGCGGUGAUUUUCACGCUCCAGCGACAAGUAUGCGAUCCAUCGCAGCGAAUCAGGGCGCCGAAGAGGGAAGACCCGAAAACCCAGCAAUCGCCGAGGAUCUUUCGCUUUCACAUAUUGAUCCAACACAGCCACUUACGCAGGCCCGCAAAUUUGGUCUAUUCGGCGAUUAGGGUAUAGUAUGAAUAGCCAUAUGC